AUGGCCACAUCCACCAUGUCCGUCUGCUCCAGCACUUGCUCUGACUCCUGGCAGGUGGACGACUGCCCAGAGACCUGCUGUGAGCCCCCCUGCUGCGCCCCCAGCUGCUGCGCCCCGGCCCCCUGCCUGACCCUGGUCUGUACCCCAGUGAGCUGUGUGUCCAGCCCCUGCUGCCAGGCGGCCUGUGAGCCCAGCCCCUGCCAAUCAGGCUGCACCAGCUCCUGCACGCCCUCGUGCUGCCAGCAGUCUAGCUGCCAGCCAGCUUGCUGCACCUCCUCCCCCUGCCAGCAGUCCUGCUGCGUGCCCAUCUGCUGCAAGCCUGUCUGCUGUGUGCCCGUCUGCUGCAAGCCUGUGUGCUGUGUGCCUACCUGCUCUGAGGAUUCCUCUUCAUGCUGCCAGCAGUCUAGCUGCCAGCCAGCUUGCUGCACCUCCUCCCCGUGUCAGCAGUCCUGCUGUGUGCCCGUCUGCUGCAAGCCUGUCUGCUGCAAGUCUGUCUGCUGUGUGCCCGUCUGCUCUGGGGGUUCUACUUCAUGCUGCCAGCAGUCUAGCUGCCAGCCAGCUUGCUGUACCUCCUCUCCGUGUCAGCAGUCCUCCUGUGUGCCUGUCUGCUGCAAGCCUGUCUGCUGCAAGUCCGUCUGCUGUGUGCCCGUCUGCUCUGGGGGUUCCACUUCAUGCUGCCAGCAGUCUAGCUGCCAGCCGGCUUGCUGCACCACCUCCUGCUGCAGACCCUCCUCCUCUGUGUCCCUCCUCUGCCGCCCUGUGUGCAGGCCCGCCUGCUGCAUGCCCAUCUCCUCCUGCUGCUGCACCAGCUCCUGCACAUCCUCAUGCUGCCAGCAGUCCAGCUGCCAGCCGGCUUGCUGCACCUCCUCCCCCUGCCAGCAGGCCUGCUGUGUGCCUGUCUGCUGCAAGCCCGUCUUCUGCAAACCUGUCUGCUCUGGGGCUUCCUCUCCGUGCUGCCAGCAGUCUAGCUGCCAGCCAGCUUGCUGCACCUCCUCCUGCUGCAGACCCUCCUCCUCCGUGUCUCUCCUCUGCCGCCCCGUGUGCAGCUCCACCUGCUGCGUGCCCGUCCCCUCCUGCUGUGCCCUCACCUCCUCCUGCCAGCCCAGCUGCUGCCGCCCGGCCUCCUGCGUGUCCUUCCUCUGCCGCCCCGCGUGCUCCCGCCCGGCCUGCUGCAGUCUCUCCUCAGGCCAGAAGUCCAGCUGCUGA